GGCGAAGCGCAUGGAUAGACCACAGAAGCAACCGCGUGCUGUGCCUUCGCCCUCCUCCGGCGGUCGACCAACCCAGGAUGAUGGCGGCAACAACCUUUCUCUCAUCGCCGCCGGCGAUCUUCUCUUGUCGCAUUCGUUCCGUACCGACCCUCUUGGGCUCCUCUUCUGGCUUCGGAAACUCCACUAUCACUUCCAAACCCUUUGCUUCGACUACCAAGCGGCGGCGCGGUACCAUUAGCAUGGUUACCAAGUUCCCCAAUGGCAGAUACAUAAGAGAAGACUACCUCGUGAAGAAGGUCUCGUCCAAGGAGGUGAAGGAUCUGGUGAAAGGCGAGAGGAGCGUCCCCCUCGUCGUCGACUUCUACGCCACGUGGUGCGGGCCUUGCAUUCUGAUGGCCCAGGAGCUUGAAAUGCUGGCCGUGGAAUACGGAGACAAUGUACUUUUUGUGAAGGUGGACACUGAUGAGGAAUAUGAAUUUGCCGGGGACAUGCAGGUUCGAGGGCUUCCAACUUUGUACUUUAUCAGCCCUGAUCCUAGUAAAGAUGCCAUCCGCACUGAAGGGCUUGUGCCGACGGAGAUGAUCAAGAAUAUAAUUGAUAAUGAAAUGUGAAAAUUAUGAUCGAUGGAGACAACCCGUGAGAAGUUGUGGUCGAUGGAAAUGUGGAAUGGUUAUGAAAUGGGUUUAGUUUUUUAAAAUCA